AUGCGAGACGAUGAUCGCGCAAGAGAGCCUGAUUUAGUUACAGAAUGUGAAUAUUUAUAUUUAGAUGCUCUUCCACAAGUUCGUGUUCGUCCAAAAUCGGCGGUGAUUUCAUCAUCGUCUGAAACACGUUUAUAUUGUGAAAGUGACAAUCAAAUAUCGUCUGUUGCCUAUUGGACACAUGUUGGCUCACGUAUAGAAAUAAAACCAAAUGUUAUUGAAGCAUUCGGAAACGAAUUACGUAUAUCGCAGUUCGGUGAUACCGCUUACACUCAACCAGGCGAAUACGCUUGUGUUGUUAAAACGAAAUAUGGUCUAUUAGCAAGUGAACCGGCAUUAUUAAGUUUACCAACACUGGAACCAUUUAAAUCUUUUGUAAACUUGCCAGUAACAACAUUGAAUCUAACAGAAGGAAACAUUGCUGUGAUACCAUGUGAAUUACCAAAUGGUAAUCCAAAGCCUGUGCCAAUCUUUUCGCUUGAUGAUGGACGCAUUGUUAUUGAACACGAUACAAGUCGUUAUAAAAUAUUACCAAGUGGUAAUUUACAUAUCAUUAAUGUGAAAAUAUCCGACACAGGAAAAUAUCGUUGUUCAGCUAAAAAUUCUAUUACAGGUCAAAUUGUUAACAGUAGUAAAACAAUAUAUUUGCAUGUAACAGCAUCUAAAGAAAGGAUACCACUGUUUCCCGUUUAUGUACCACCGGCAGCAUCACGUGUUCUAGUUGGCGAUAAUUUUUCUCUUGAAUGUGUUGUGGCUGGAACACCUGUACCUGUUGUUGAAUGGGAAAAAUACAGUAACAUUAUGCCAGAGAAGCGAAAUGAAGUCAUACACGGUACAUUAUAUUUGUAUGAUAUUCGUUCGGAUGAUCGAGGAUCGUUUAUUUGCCGUGCCUCAAGCAGUAUCGGAUAUUCCGAUGUGGCAUAUACAGCUUUGUUGGAUGUUCUUGAACCACCAAAAUUAAUACAACGUCCUGAUUCACUUAUUCAGAUACAAUAUGGAGAAAAUGUUUAUAUACGAUGUAGUUUUCGUGGUAGACCAGAACCAGUUAUUACCUGGUUAUUCAAUGGUGAAGAAAUGUCUCUCAACGGAUCGCCUCUCUCAGGUGGAACAUUGACGAUAAAUGAAGUUAAAGAAAGAAAUCAGGGUGUCUAUCAAUGCAUCGGUCGAAAUUUGUAUGGUAUGGCACAUGCGAAUACUGCACUGGUUGUCCUACCGAUAUUGGCAAAUAAUAAAACUCAAAAUAAAGAAGUAAUAAAUGACGAUGCGCACCGACACUCUUUGAUUGUUUUCGGCCCAAGUAAUGUGACGGUAUAUGAAGGAGAAACUGUCCAAUUACAUUGUUUAACAAAACGUGGCGUUGCCGUCCAAUGGUUACAUGAAAAUGUGAUUAUAAAUCCAAAUUCAAUGAGACGUUAUGAAAUGUUGACAUCCGGAGGCUUGAGAAUUGUAUCAGCACAAAAAUCGGACAGUGGUCAUUAUGAGUGUAUUGCAUCAGAUGGUUUUGGAACAACAUCGGCCAAAUGUUAUGUGAAUGUUCAAGGUCUGGUAACGCAGGAUCGAGAAUCUAAAUUAUCCAAUGAAAAUAAUGAAAAUAUGUUAUUACCGUUACAAUCCUAUGAACGAGUUGUCAAAAUAGAAAUUGUCGAUAUGGUUCAAACUGGUAAUGCUGCUGUUGAUAUAUUCUGGGAAAUUAAUGGGGCAUCCGAUUUGAGUUAUCUGCAAGCACAAUAUUGUUUGACAAAAGGCAAUUGGUUAACAAAAAAUGAAAAUUAUUCCUCAUCAGUUAAACAUGCAAUGAUCGAUAAUUUAAAAAAUGGUCAUAUGUACAAAUUUCGACUUUUGGGCUUUGAUCAGCAUGGUCAACAAAUAGUUUCCAGUUCUGUGCAUAAAUUAAAAUUAAAAUAUAUGGAGAGUAGCGAUCGUUUAGUGAAACCUACUCCAGCAAAUAUGAACAAUAAUAAUCCCAUUCCGCGUAUUACCGAUGCAUGGGCAUCACAAGACGGUUCAAUUGGACUAAAGUGGCAGUUACCAACUAAUUCUACAACAUCACCAAUACUUAUUGAUGGAUUUGCCAUAUUUUAUCGACCUUCUCGUACAAAAUCCAACUAUACAAAAAUAACAGUACCAAAUCUUCGUUUUCCACCCAUUGAUACAUACACAAUCACAACAAUAGAACCAAAUCAACAAUAUGAACUACGAAUGUCAACAUAUUCAACUCGUGGAUUCAGUCAAAUGAGUAAUCCAAUGGAAAUUCUAAUACCACCGAUCUCAAAUCAACAAACAUCUAUUAAUCAUCGAUCAGAUACAAAUAAUUACAAUGAUGAUUCAUCUUCAGUUGAUUUAGAAGAAAUUCUGGAAAAUAUAACAAAAUUACAAAAUAUCAAUGGAAAUGAUAAUAAUAGUCCUUCUGCAACAGUUCCAUCAACAUCAUCGUCAUUAACAUUAGCACAAAAAAAUUCUGAUUUUUUGUACUUGAUUACUGGUGCCAUCGCUGGUGUAUUACUUCUACUCUUAAUUACACUUAUUAUUAUGUGUGGAAUUAGAUACAGACAACAUAAAAAAUUUGUUUCGCACGUCAAAUCAACAAAUGGUUCAGCAUUUUAUGAAGAUGCAAUACGAAAAGGUUUAAAUCCUGCUGACUAUGCAUUAACGCCUAGUUUGACCCAUGGCGUUGUUGCGGUCGAUGGAAAAUUGAUACCGUUCACUUAUCCGUCCUCAAAUAACAAUCAACACAUCGUAUGGCAUAAUUCAAAUCAAUCUAAUAUAAUUACACCAAAUUGUGUUAUGGAUAGUGCUGCUAUGCAUAUUAAUACUAAUCCACUUGAUGAACGCGCUAAUCAAGAAAAUUUUUAUCACACUUUAACACCAUUUGGUACAUUACCAUUUGACGAACAUUCGUGUAAUAAUCAAAGUCAUGGUCUUUUUGGUUAUAACAGUGAUCGUAGCACAUGUCCAAUACAUCGAACUCAUAAUCAAAAUUAUACGUCAGAUACAUUUCCAUUGAAAUCAUCGACAAAAGACAAUAACAAUAAAAAUAACGCUAAUAACUCGAAUCAUCAUCCACCACAAACUCAUUUUCAUCAUCAACUUUUGCAUCAUCAUAUACCACAUGCCACAUGUCAAAGGUUCAAAGAUAAAAAACAUUUACAAAAUCAAAACAAUGUAAAUAAUUGCGAAAUUAUUCAUGACUUGUGUGAUAGAAGUUUUUGUCAUUCUUCUAAUGAUUCAAGUCGUCCACUAUUAAUUGGUGACAGUAACAAUAGUGGUGAUCUACAUGCAUGCAAUGUAAUCGGUUUACGUAAUAAUACUAACAAUAUGAGUACGAACGGUGCAUUGGCACAGCCAAGUACAGGAUCAAAUUCAUCGAGCGGUAUUGGCUCGAGCGUCGAAUCUCCUUAUUCUGGUUGGAAAUAUUUGACACCACUUUGUGUCACUACGCCGUCACAACAGCAACAAUCGCAAGAACAACAGAUAGUUUCAAGUGAUAAUCAAAAAUCGUCAGAUUUUUUAAGUACAAAAAAUAUACGCUCAAAAAGUAAUAGCAACUUAUCUCCGAAUAGUGGUGUAUUACUAAUUGAACCGUUAAAUAUGAAUGAAAAUACAAUUCAUUCAUGUUCAUGA